UUUGGAGCUGGUCACAGCUAGUGCUUAAUCUCUCUUUCACCAUGGCAACGUCUGUGAAGCUCAAUAACGGGGCAGACAUGCCCAUCGUCGGACUGGGCACAUGGAAGUCUCCUCCAGGUAAAGUGGCAGAGGCUGUGAAGGCAGCCAUCUCUGCAGGGUACAGACACCUCGAUGGUGCCGCCGUCUACAACAAUGAAACCGAGGUCGGAGAGGGAAUUCAGGCCAUGAUAAAAGAUGGUGUGGUUAAAAGAGAAGAACUUUUUGUGGUCAGCAAGCUCUGGUGCACCUUUCACGAGAAGGCCUUAGUGAAAGGAGCUUGCCAGAAGACUUUAAGUGACCUGAAGCUGGACUACCUGGAUCUUUACCUGGUUCACUGGCCAAUGGGCUUUAAGUCAGGGCCAGAUCAGUUCCCACUGGACAGUGAAGGGUUAACUAUUGGUGACGACACCAAUUUCUUGGACACCUGGGAGGCUAUGGAGGAGUUAGUGGAUGCUGGGCUGGUCAAGGCCAUUGGCAUCUCCAACUUUAAUCGAGAACAAAUUGAAGCCAUCCUGAAUAAACCAGGACUCAAGUACAAACCUGCCAACAAUCAGAUCGAAUGCCACCCCUAUCUGACUCAGGAGAAGCUGAUUAACUAUUGUCGGUCCAAAGGCAUCACAGUCACUGCAUACAGUCCUCUGGGUUCUCCAGAGAGACCUUGGGCUAAACCUGAAGAUCCCUCACUGCUUGAUGACCCAAAAAUCAAGGCCAUUGCAGAGAAGCACAAAAAGACUACUGCCCAGGUCCUCAUCCGCUUCCACAUUCAGAGGAAUGUGAUCGUCAUCCCCAAGUCCAUCACACCUCAGCGGAUUCAAGAGAACUUUCAAGCCUUUGAUUUUGAGUUGAGUCAGGAGGACAUGAAGACCAUUUUGGGCUUCAACAAGAAUUUCAGGGCUUGUCCAAUGCAAUGGGGUUUGAAGCACAAAGACUACCCAUUUAAUGCUGAGUAUUAAAAGAAGAACUCUUGGAACAUGCUGUUUAAGCAAAACAUUAUUGCGGCAUGUGAAAAUCUCUUCAUUUUGCUUUUACGAAUCCUCUAGUUACUGAGAAACUUCCUUACAGAGCCACUGUUUUAUGUGAUUUGCAGGCUUGGAAAUUUAAUGCAAGCCUUAUUAUAGCAGCCAAUAAACUUCAAAUGAAUUUUCUUUCUUUGCUCAUAAAGUUAUAUUUGUUAAUGCUUUGACAAUUUUAACCUGUUACUACUUUAGUACAAAUGUAAACAGACUUGCAUUAAAUGUAUUA